CACAAAUUCCUGCAUCAUCUCCUUCCUCCCUCCCUCACUCUCGCUGAGCACACACAGCAAUGGCGUUUACUCUGUCCAAUUCAUCCCUCCAAAUCAAACCUUCUCGUCCCGCCGUCUUUCCCAUAAGAAGGGUUUCAAAGGCAGCGGCGGGGAAUUAUCGGACGCACGUGACCUGCAGGAAGAAGGAUAUACACCCGGAGUUUUAUGAGGAUGCGAAGGUGUAUUGCAACGGGGAGCUGGUAAUGACGACGAGUGGAACCCAGAAGGAGUACACGGUGGAUGUUUGGUCCGGGAACCACCCUUUUUACCUGGGAAAUCGGUCGGCUGUUCUAGUGGAAGCUGACCAGGUGGAGAAGUUCAGGAAGAAGUUCGGACAGUUGUCGGAGAUCAUGGAGAUUCCUGUGCUUAAGGGCGAGAUUGUUUUGCCCCCCAAGCGCAAGGGUGCCGCCCCUGCUAAAGGUGGAAAGAAGAAGUAGACUAACAGAGUCUUGAAAUUGUUCCAUUCUGAAGGUAUCAUGAUUUCGUUUCUCCAAUUGAUGAAUGCCUGAAUUGUGUUCGAUAUUAUAUCUGAAUAGAAUAUGGUAUUUCGAAAUUGUCUGAGAAUUGCUGUUCUGUUCUUGAUUUUAUUAAUUUGGUUCUGGCUGUGUCAAAAAGAUUGCAUCUUGGCAAUACUUAUUCUCUUACAAAAACCUUGUUGGAGUAAAUUGUAAAUUUCUAG